UUGAAGUUGCUAUUGAAGACAUUGACUAUAAGUACUUUUGUAUCCCUCACACUGGAAAAUUUCUUCUGAUUCCUCUCUUGCACAAUUUGUUUCACGAUUUUUCAUACAAUACCGCACAUUCUGUUUGAAUUAAAUAAAACAAAAACAUAAAUUUAAUAAAGUUAUAUAAUUUUACAUGAGCUUCAACGUUAGCAAUCUUUUUGAAAGCUCCAUCUUCCAAGACAGUCAGGAGCGAAAUGAUCUUGAAUCAAUAAUUCAAAAGAGGUGCUACACGACCACAAAUGCCAAUCAUAUGCAGGCAACCACAUCUUCACCAAUGAGCCCAGAAAUAGCUGAGGCACCUGCAGCAUUCAAUGAAGAAAUGAUGGGAAUGCUAAAGGAAAUUUUAGAAAACCAAAAGGAGCUUGCAGCAAAGAUGACGACGUUGGAAGCCAAUCAAGUUAUUAUACACGCCAAGGUGGCCUUUAUGGUAGAAGGGCAAGGUGCUCUGACCCACAACCAAGGAAUCAUCAGCGAACAAGUUGAACAUAUACAACAAAAUGUAAGAAAUAAUUCUGAAAAAUAA